GAAACACGUUAUACAAUGACCUCUAACUUUCCUCUUCCACGGCCUCUGAGAAGAUCCUGGAGUUUGGCUCCUGCUCGGACUAUGCGUAUUGUGGUUUUGGGGCAAAGUGCUGUGGGAAAAACAGCGCUUACUGUCAGAUUCAUCACCAAACGGUUUAUUGGAGAUUAUGAUCCAACCCUAGAAAUGAUUUACAGGCACACGGCUGCCAUAGAUGGAGAGUUUGUCCAUUUUGAAAUCCUGGAUACUGCCGGUCAGGAGGAAGACUCCCUUCAGAUUGAAGAAAAAAUCAAAUGGGGCGAUAGUUUUGCAGUGGUGUAUUCGGUGACAGAUCGCUGCAGCUUUGAUGAAGUCAUGAGAUUAUGCUUCUUGAUUAAUCACAUUCACUCAGCCAGCAAGAAAGGAGCAGCGGAGCAGCCCCCAAUAGUCAUUGUCGGCAAUAAGAAAGACCUCCAGUACGACCGCAUGGUGUCCACCGACGAUGGAGAAAAACUCUCAAAGGCCUUGAAGUGUCUAUGGUAUGAAAUCUCCACCAGAGACAGUUAUGAAGAAACAGCUAUGGCCUUCAACACACUUUACUAUGAACUGCUGAGACAAGGGAACCUUUCUCCGGGGUCUUACAAGAAAAGGAAUGUAUCCAAGUUGAUGGAAAAGAUUCCAAAGAUUUAUGCCAAUUCAACUCUAAAUGCAAAUGGUCGAAGUUUAAGUUUCAAUUCUUUUCGGGAUUAUAUUCCAGAGUGAAAAACACUCAUUGGGAAAGCUAUGAAGAGUAGAUGAUGAGAUGAUGAGCACAACUCUUGAGUAUCCUAGGAUUAGGAGAUGUCUUCACUAGUGAGGUGUAGUCUAUAGGUCAAUAGACAUGUUUGCCACAAAACACCAAAAUACUGGACCACUUUAUGACACUAGUUUGGCAAGUAGUCCCAGAUGUUUAGUAGUUUUACACCAGUGGGACUUAUUUCAAUCUCAUCCUCGAUACGUCAAGUGUUAUGUAUUUUAAAGAGAAGUAGAAGAUCUUUUUUUUGCCAAGUUACAAGAGAAGUUAAAGGACAUCUGUCAGCAGAUUUGCACCUAUGACACUGGCUGACCUGUUACAUGUGCACUUAGCAGCUGAAGGCAUCUGUGUUGGUCCCAUGUUCAUAUGUGCCUACAAUUCUGUUUUAGUACAUGCAAAUUAGCCUCUAGGAGCAACGGAGGCAUUGCCGGUACACCUAGAGGCUCUUCUCUCUCUGUAACUGCCACGUUCCCUGCAAUUUGAUUGACAAGACCAGGCAUGAUGAAGUGCCUUGCCCUGUCAAUCAAAGUGGAGAGGGCAUGGCAGUUACAGAGAGAGCAGGGACAGAGAGCGUCUUUUUGAGGACAAGUACUGUAAUUUUAAGCUUGGGUAACAUGAAGGUGCAGGUAGAAAAUAUUGAAAGAAGCCCACAUUUUUCAUACAGAUCUUCUGGAAAUUUUCCUUUAUAUCUAACAGCAUGAGAACUGAGGCCAUUUAUCAAGAAAUCGUGGACAGGGAAGAAAUAAUGUAACAAAAAUACAGAUGUUAAUAGUUGUAUAAAAUAUUGUACAUAAGAUUUGUAUAAGAGUAUUCUGUACUUGUGAGACAAGGGAGACAUGUUAUUACUGAAGGCCUAUCCGUCAAUAACAGAACCCUGGAAUACCCCUUUUAAAAGAGUUAUCCAGGAUUCAAAAAACAUGGCUGCUGUCUUCCAAAGAUAUCACCAAACCCGUCCACCUUUUGUGGUAUUGCGGUCCAUUUUCCUUAAUGGAGCAGAGUAGCAAUACCAAACAAGACCCAUGGGUGGUAGUGGUGCUGUUUCUGGAAGAAAGCAGCCAUGUUUUUCUAGUCCUGGACAACCUCUUUAAUGAAUGUUUUAUGCCAAUACAGGAAAUCUAACGUGGGGUAGAUGAUGGGGUCUCUGUAACAUUGUGGUCCAAGCACCUAGAUAUACUUGGAGCUGACCCAUUUCUUAAAGAGGUUCUCCAAGAUUUAAAAAAAUUCAAAUACUUAAAGGGGUAUUCCCAUCCUAGACUAUGGGGGUAUAUCGCUAGGAUAUGCCCCUAUUGUCUGAUAGG